UCGCAUAAAAAUGACGUCACGACAGUAAACAAGAGCAUGUCGCACAGACCGACCCAGCCAAGAGAUAUGAACGGUCAAGCGGACGUCGAGGUCGACUAUAAGCGGAAAUACAAAAACCUGAAGAGAAAAUUAAAAUUUCUAGUUUAUGAGCAGGAAUGUUUUCAGGAGGAGCUGAGGAGAGCACAGAGAAAACUUCUCAAAGUCUCCAGGGACAAAAGCUUCCUUUUGGACAGAUUGCUACAGUAUGAGAGGAUAGAUGAAGACUCCUCAGAUUCAGAUGCAACAGUUUCUUCAGAAAACAGUGAAGUAGAAGGUCCCAGGGAGAGGGAACGAGAACGAGAAGGUGUAAAAAAGCGAAGAAAUAGUCCUGGAGCAUGUCUUCCCUCAUCAUCUUCCCCUCAUCUCUCUCUGCUGUCCCAUUCUGGUGUUAACCCUCUGCAGUCAUCGGGCUCCGGACCGUAUCUCAACACUAUGCCCUUCCCACCCGAGUAUUUGGCUCCUCCAGCUGAACGAAUGAAGAAAGAGAGAAAAACAAAGACACCAAAAAACAAGAGAGAGCCUACGGGGAAGGUUGUUGCAGCAAAUUACCCAUCAGCCCCUACGGCUCCCCCAACAGCCAGUGGCCCCUUCAGCUGGGUUCCCAGACAGAUGCUCAGUGGAGAUGCAGCUGAGGAGGAUGGAGAGAGUGACUUAGACAGUGACAGAGGGGAUGAAGACAGAGGAGAGGGAGAUGAGGCUGAGCUAGUCAUUGACAUUCCUAAUGAGUGAGUGUGUGUGCGUGUGCAUGCGUGAGUGUGAUGUGUUCAUAAGCAGGGUUGCAGAGAGGCUAUUAGUGUCCAUGUGCAGGAGCAAAAGACUGUGACUGUGAAUGUAAUAUUUCUGUAUCUACCAGCCACAUGCCACAAAAUGGAGCCUAGCACCCCCCUGUGGACUUUUGCUUAACAGCAGUGUUGCGGUCAAAAUAUCUUACACAUACAUUUGGGUUUCUUAAAUUAUGUCAAAAAUGUACAGUAUGCCUUGUAAAUGCUUAUUGGCUUUUAAUAAUCUGUGAUGAUUGGACACUUUUGUAUGCAGUUCAAGCUGCCUUAUCAUUUUUUAUUUACAUUUUGGUACAUAUGGUAGUACAUUGUAUAAAAGGUCAUUCUAUUCUAAUCUAACUAUGGAUACAAGUAGGUGUGUCUUUCAGAAAGAGGGAGAGUGUGCAUUUCUCACAUUGUCCGUCUUUGUCUCGACCAUGUACUGUUAAAAAACAGUACUUUAAAGCUGAGUAGAUGUUUAAAAAUGUUGACUCCUCAUAUUUGAUCAGCACAGGCAGUUUUGACACCUUUCAUUUGAACAAUUAUGAUGACAUCAAAAUCAUGAUUAUAUCUUUGUGUAACUUUUUCUUAUUAAUGGCAAGUGUACUAUUUUUGCAGCGGUCCAAUUAUGUGCCAGAGAAUAAAAUGCAACUGUUAUAAUUUUA